AUGUCUGCCUUCACCAGCAAAUUCGCCGAUGAGUUGAUCGCUAACGCCGCCUACAUCGGCACACCCGGAAAAGGUAUUCUCGCCGCCGAUGAAUCCACCGGAACCAUCGGAAAGCGUCUUGCGAGCAUCAACGUCGAGAACAACGAGACCAACAGACGUAACCUCCGUGAGCUUCUCUUCACCGCCCCCGGUGCUCUCCCCUGCCUCAGCGGUGUCAUCCUCUUCGAAGAGACUCUUUACCAAAAGAGCUCCGAUGGCAAGCUUUUCGUUGACAUCUUGAAGGAAGGAGGUGUUCUUCCAGGAAUCAAAGUUGACAAGGGUACCGUCGAGCUAGCCGGAACCAACGGCGAGACCACCACUCAGGGUCUUGACGGUCUCGGUGAGCGAUGCAAGAAGUACUACGAAGCCGGUGCACGUUUCGCCAAGUGGCGUGCGGUCCUCAAGAUCGGCGAGAACGAGCCAUCAGAGCACUCCAUCCACGAGAACGCCUACGGAUUAGCCAGAUACGCCGUCAUCUGCCAAGAGAACGGUCUUGUGCCCAUCGUCGAGCCAGAGAUCCUUGUCGACGGAUCCCAUGACAUCCACAAGUGUGCCGCCGUCACUGAGAAGGUCCUUGCAGCUUGCUACAAGGCCCUCAGCGACCACCACGUCUUGCUCGAGGGAACUCUCUUGAAGCCUAACAUGGUCACUCCUGGAUCUGACAGUGCCAAGGUUACCCCAGAGGUCAUCGCUGAGCACACCGUCCGUGCCCUCCAGAGGACCGUCCCAGCCGCUGUUCCAGCCGUCGUGUUCUUGUCCGGUGGACAGAGCGAGGAGGAAGCGACCAAGAACUUGAACGCGAUGAACCAGUUGAAGACGAAGAAGCCAUGGUCAUUGUCUUUCUCGUUCGGACGUGCGUUGCAACAGAGCACUUUGAAGACAUGGGCAGGCAAAGAGGAGAACGUGAAGGCCGCUCAAGAGGCGUUGUACGUGAGGUGCAAGGCUAACUCUGAAGCCACUCUUGGAACCUACAAGGGUGAUGCCAAGCUCGGUGAUGGAGCCGCAGAGAGCCUUCACGUGAAGGAUUACAAGUACUGA